UCCCUUUGUUUACUAAGGAAAAUCCUCAGAACUGUGACACAGUUACUCACCGCUUCAACAACAACAACAACUACUAGUAGUAGUAGUACUAGUCAUCACUAGUACUAUUCCAGUUAGUACGAGUUUGCGACCACUUUAACGAGCCUUUCUAGUCUGAUAUGGAAGGCGAGGAAUAUCCCACCGUGUCCACUUUAUUUGAUAAAUAUUUGAAGGUUUACGAAGAGGUCGAAUCAACCACAUUGCCCACAAAUUCCCCCGAAAUUCAGGGUAAAAUAAAGGAUGCCAUAGAAGGAUUGGUGAAAGCAACAGUACUUGUGUCAGAACUUGGAGUUUUUAGCGGGAAUGAAAAUAUAGAGGAUAUUUCAACCUCAUCCAUCAAAUUCUUGCUUCUCCCAGUUCUACUUGGAACGUUUUCAAUAAAAAGGACUGAUAUUGAUAGAUUAGAAGUGUUGCGAUUAGCAGACAUUUACUUGAGGGAUUUUAUGACACGGUGUCGACAGUAUGAAAUCACCGAUGUGGAAGUUGCAAAGAAAUCAGACAGUGAUGAUGAAGAGGAAGUCGAAAAGAAGGAUGGCUGUAAAUCAACACAACCUCCUCCAAAGAGAGGAAUGCCAACACCUGAGGAACUGCAGAUGAUGGCAAAACAGCGAGAGGUAAAAAUUAGGAGGUUUAAAGAGAAGAAAGCUACUGGAGAUAGACUAAUGGAACUCAAAAAAGUACUUGCCAAUCCUAGUUGUGAUGAAGAUGACAAACGAAAAUACUACAUUACCUUGGUGAAAAAAUUUAUAUAUGACUGGCCCAUCCUCAUUACAAGAGAUGCUGCACAGAAAAAUGUAUUUGGAUUAGGCUAUCCAAGUAUGCCAACUAUCACUAUAGAAGAAUUUUAUGAUCAGAGAGUAAGAGAUGGCUGGUUUCCUGAUCCCAGUCAGAGACAAAAUCACUACAAGAUCGUGCAAGUCAAAAAUCCUGAAAAAAUUAAGGAAGAAGAGAAAAAAGAGGAAAAGGCUGAAAAGGAAGAGGCUGAAGAAAGAGAUGAUCCUGAAAAAUUGGCCAGAGAAAGAGAGAGAGAUGAGUGGCGUGACACCCACAGAAGGGGCUGGGGCAAUACAUACAAUAGAAGUUAAACUCCUAAUUCUUUUAUAAUUUUUUUGGUAUAUCGAUUAUCACCUUGAAACUGGUAAAUAAAGGGUAGGAUAGCUUU